UUUAUCAGUUGCAUAAAAAUACUUAUCCAGUUAUAGUAUGACAACACCGCCCUCCAGUGGCUGGUGCAAAAUCUCUUUCUGGUUGAGAUUUGAGAAUCACUGAACGCUUUCCGACAGGGACUAAACAUGUCACGUACGUAAUGGUUUGAAUUAGCUGUUCAUUUCACAAAUUCUGGAUCAACUGCUAUAUGAUUCUCGUCGUGUUCUCGGCCAACAACCCAGAAAGAUGCCACAGAGAACACUGGGAUCCAUUGUAGGUCUGCUUUGCACCGGGACCUGUUUGGUACAGGGUAAGGAGUUCUGUUUUGGAGUGAACAAUGAGCAAUACCGGUGUGAGAUGGGGUACUGCUGCGGGGAGACAGAGUGCUGCACCUACUACUACGAGCUGUGGUGGUUCUGGCUGGUGUGGACCCUCAUUAUAAUGCUGAGUUGCUGCUGUGCCUACCGACACCGUCGGGUCAAGAUGCGGCUGCAGCAGGAGCAGCGCCAGCGUGAAAUCAGCCUUAUGGCCUACCAGGGAGCUUCUAGCUCCUUCAUCUCCCCUCCACCCCUCAACCUGAGGUUCUGGACAGACUGCAAGCUUCCUGACUAUGAAGAGGUGGUGGGUCAUCCCCCGACUCCCCCUCCGCCUUACUCCGAGAUCCCCCCAGAGACCACCCCUGCCACCCUGCUGCCCCCCAUCCAAUCAGAAGCGGUCGUGGUGCUGGAGCCCCCAACAGAGGACGCGCCAAGAGAGGAGCAGGCCGCCAAUUCGUCAGCAGACCAGGAAGCCGCGUCUGUGCCCAGCCAAUCAGAGAGACCGGUGGAGGUGGACCGUGAAGGCCCAUUGGAGGAGCUGCUGACCCGGCGCAGGCACGUGACGGGCGACUCAGGGAUUGAGGUGUGUGUGUGCCAACUAGAUGAGGGCUCUGGGCCGGAGGAGGACGAGGAGCAGGUGUGUCUGGGGGCUACGGGGGACUGCUGCUCUGCCUCUGAUCACACCCUCAGACACAAAGAGAGAACCCCUGAGCCCCAACCUCAGCCCCAGACCAGCACCGGAGAUCGCCUGGUCUGAGCUCCACCACCUACCAUCCCAGAGGCUGCUGUUGCUGCUGGAUCUGCGCUUUAAAGAGGGAGACCCAAGAGAGCUCUUGUCAUUGUCAUCAUAACAAUAACCCAGAUACCACCAGCAAAUGAAAUGCCCCACAACUCACCAAAUGAACCAGGUUGUCCUGUUUGACAUGCUUCUCAGUUAUGAUCCAUAAAAUGAUGAUGAUGAUGAUGAUGAUGACAAAGAAAAGCUCUUAUUUGAGAAAGAAUUUUCGUGUGGCUAAUGGUUUCAUUCUUUAAUACCCAUGGAAGGUCCCUCUGCUUUGUUUAAUUCUUAACAUGGGGAUGAGGAAAAUGCCAAGUAUUCAUGGAUGGGGAGGGGCUAACACUUCUAGAGAGACCACCAAGUGGUAAGAAGAGGUGUUGACGCUGGCACAGAAUUGACUACAUCUACCCACCCACCCCCCACCUAUGUCCCUCAUUUUCCCACCCCACUGUCUGGCCUGGACAUUUUCUUCUGGUCCUUCUAACAUUUCACCUACGUGCGGACAGGACAGCAUACCACAACGGUCACCAACCCACAGGCCUCUAGGCCCCAGCACAUAAGAGCCAAAACAGAAGAUAAUGCUACAAGACAGAACUGACCUGAAGGGACUGAACAAGGGGUACAAACUGAGAAAUUGAACUGUUUUUGUAAGGGUGUGUGUAUUGUGUAAUCUAGGGCACAGCUGCAAAGUGAUGUCACCCCGGAGUCAUUUUAGCCUGCGUCUGGUUUCCUCGCGGAGUGACAGCAGGGCUAUUUGCAUCCAGAGAAGAGGCUUGGAAGGGGAAGUGAAGAUGUGCCUGUCUCUUAUAGGCUCUCCCUCUCUGGACUGUGUCCCAAUAACACCAGACUCCUCCCCCUAAAGCCCCCGCUUCCCAUCCCACAUGACUCCACCAGUACUCCGGUCAACACUUGGCCAGACUGAAAUGUAUUGAAUGGACUGGAACAGAUUUUUUGAUGUGCGUGCUAUCUGGCCUGACUGUGGCCAAGUGAACUGAAGACUAAGCUGUGACAUUAUCCCAUCGCUGUGCCUGCAACUUGGUGUCUAUAAAAAGCCUUGCAGGGUCGACCGUGUGCGUCCCAGACCGCCGGUGAUGUUACGUGGAAUACUGAAGGUUCAGCUCUAUAGUACUUUGCUCCUCUAUCAUUUUCUUGUCAUUGUAUUACUUUUUUCUAAAAACCAGCUUUGGCUGAGGCCACUAUAACCCACAUUAAUGGCAACACAGCGCUUACCAAGGUGCUGCUGUGGGUGUAUUGUGUGUGUAUAGGAGGGGUGUAGUCUUAUUUGGCGUAUCCACAAAGUGCCCUGGCCCCUGGUGUAGUGCACUCAACUCACCAGGCUUUAGACCACUUUUAUAAACAAUGCACUGGGAUCUUGCAUAGAGGGCAUGAGUAAUUAGUGUGUGUGUGUAGGUAGAUGUAUGUUCUGAUUCGUCGUGUCAGUAACGGUGUGUUUUCAGCGCCUGUUUCAUAUAGGGAAACACUCCCAGGCCAUUGGCCCCUAGCUGACAGUGACGAAUCGGCUGCUGUUUCGACCCAGAAGCAGCUGGAGCCUGAUGGUGACGCACCUUCACCACAUGAGUCCCCUGGUCGUGUGGGGCUCGGACGGAGUGAACCAAGGUUUUAAGUAUAACCUCCCUGUAUCUAGUUUCAUCAUGUUGUUAUGACUGCACCGGGCCUGCAGUGUGCUGUUGCGUACUCCCUUGGCUUGCAGUGGUGUGAACCCUGUAGGAGCAAUGCUAGCGAUUUAUGGUGUUAUUUUCCAUUGUGGGGAUGGCUUUGCUGUGUGUGUAGGGUUAGCGUAGCUGCACACUGAUAAACAGCAUGUUCCUCGGUGUUGUGCGUUGCUUGCCUAAGCAUGUGUGUCGAAGCGUAGUUGUAGAAUCGGGUGUGGAGUGCAUGUGAUCUUACUGUGCAGUUCCACCUAGAAGAAGAAGCACAACAAAAGUCCAGCUGCUUUGGGGGGGCGUGUGUUUUAAAUGGCAGUGAUAUAUGAUAGUUGUAUUGAUUUGUUUUCAUGCAGCACAUACUGGUCAAUUAGGUUAUGGACUGAUGCACUGUUUAUUAUUCACUUCUAAUGAAAAAGGAAAUGGACUCAGAUUUAUUCUGACUAUCAAUCAAGAAAUAUUUGAUCACCCCGUUGCAGGAGAACUUUCCUGCAAUUCAGAAAAUGUAAAACAUUUAGUGUAUUUGAGAUUCGCACAUCUGACCUACCUUUGUUGCAGGUGCAUGGUAAAAGAAGAAGCCCGCACACUGCUCUUGCUUGUAUCACUGCUCAUUAUUAAGCUUUACGCAUCGGCCUCAAGGCUUUUGUGAGUAUUUUUUAUUUGCACCCUUAUGUAGACAUUGCUCCACCCACAUCCAUUCAACGCAUCUAAUGGGGUUGGAGUCGAGGGAAAUAUAACUAUGCAUUUCAUAGGUAUUCUAAUAGUGUGUACAUAAAACGUAUUAAACACGUCUGUAAAACCACAA